AUGAAAGUGAAUAUUUGUUAUUUUAUAAUAAGUUUAUGCUACGCUACAGAAUGGAUAAAAGAUAUUGAAACUUAGCGUCUUUAUUUGUGUGAUAAAGUAGUAGGCUUAUUUUACGACUCAAACAAAGAUUAGAUUUUAGGCUAUUUUUCUGAAUAUGAGGAGUCUUCGAAACAAGAUCUUGUGCUAAAUCACUUUUUUUAUAUGAUGAAUAAUUGCAUGCAAGAGAUAAGAAUAAGGUAUCCAGACUCCACAAUAGAUGAGUCAUUGGUACAAUAAAUUGAUUGGUUACAGAUGAUUAAGCCUGAAUAAUUUAUUUUUGAUCAGCGUGACUUAGGUUAGUUGUCGUUGGAUGAAAUUGAAAUCAAGGGUCGAAUGUACACAGAGAAAUAACAUAUUUUAGAAGAUUAUGAGAGAAACUAGAAUAGUUUUACAAAAUUCUUGAGGUCGUACAAUCUGACAGAGAAAUCAAUAUCAAUAUUUGCAAUAGUUAUAAUAAUGUCUAUUUUCUUUUACAAUUUUGUCAAAGGUAAUUGUAACAUUAGAUAGUAUGAUAGCUAUGAAAUUUAUUAUACAGGAACAUAUUAAAGAAGAAGAAUAGCGUAAGAAAAAGAAAACGAAGAAGAUUAUUUGAUGAAUAAUCUAUUGAAUUCAUUGUUUUAUGAAAUAUUGAUUUUAUUCUUUAAUUAUUCUAGCAAUUUCUAUGAGAGAAAGUACACAACUAAUAUUGAAUUGAAAUUCAUUUAAAACAUUUAUACAAUAAUUUAUUAUUAUAUUUAAGAAAGAAUAUACUCGUACAAUCCCACAUACAUGCAUAGUGAUUUUUAAUAACAAUCCACUAUAAAUAAUGGAAUUUAUAGUUUGUGGCAGGGUAUAGAUGAAGAAGAGUCUAAAAGAGAGAAGAAAAAACAGUAAAAGCAAGCUCAUCCCUAAUUUUCUGAGCUGACUGAUAAGUAAAGACAAAGGAAACAAAAUUUGAAUCUCCAGAAAAAAAAGAAAGGAAAACAAUCAAAUAAACAAGAUAAUAUUUAAAUAAAUGAUGAUGAAACAGAAUCAUAGGAUUAAAUAUAACAUUUAAAAUAUGAAACCAAGCCUUAGUUUGUGCUUUUAGUAAAACCAAAUAACGAGGAGAUCCAAAUCGAUUUAUAAUAAUACAUAGAUGAAUAAUAUGCAAUUCAAGAAGAUAUCUCAAAGAUAUCCUGUUUCAAGUAAGAGAGUGAUUUUGGACACACCGAAUACAAACUUAGACUGGUUGAUCCAGAUCCUAAGAGAUUAACUCAUUUAACAACAUAGAUGAAUUUCAGAUUAUCUGAAGGAAACGGAAUGGCAUAUUAUAAAAUUGGAGUUGAAGAUAGUGGUAAUCCUCUGGGUCUCAACAAAUCCGACAUGCUUGGAUCAUUGAAAACACUCUGUUUGAUGGCAUAAUCUCUUAAAGCUGAACUAUUGGUAGUAGGUGUCAAUCAGGGAACAAAUGGAAAAACCUGUGAGGUUAUAGUUAGAAAAGGAUUGAAGGAUGGAAUCAAUUUGGACAUAAGAAUUCUUCUCUUAGGGGAAAGUGGAUCUGGAAAGACAUCCCUUUUAGGAGUCCUAAGCACUGGACAACUUGAUAAUGGACAAGGUUUGGCGAGAAUGAAGUUCUUGAAGAAUAGGUCAGAAAUUACAUCCGGAAAGACAGAAAGAGUCAGUCAUACAGUCAUAGGAUUUGAUAGUGAAGGAAAGAUUAUGAAUCAUUAAAAUUAACUUAAUUUCAGUCCUACUUGUAUGGUAGAGAAGUUAGUGGAUUUAUCAACAAAACUAAUUACUUUUAUCGAUAUGGGUGGAACUAAAAGAGCACACAAUUAAAUGAUUCAAAUUAUCAAUUCUUAGUUUCCAGAUUAUGCCUUAUUAACAAUCUCAUCAUUAUAAUAGAUUGGUAAACCUACUAUGGAUUUUCUUAAAUUAAUCUAAAUUCAACAAAUACCAUUUAUGGUUGCCAUAACUCACGUAGAUCAAAUCACUGAGGAUUAUUAUGUUGACAAAGUAGAAUAAUUAAAAGAUAUGAUUAAGAGUCUAUAAAUUUAAAGUGUUCCCAUUGUUGUUAGAAGUGAAGAAGAUGUUGUCUUAUUUAGUAAAUAGAUUCUAAGUAAAACACUCAUUCCUAUAUUUUUGAUCUCCAAUUUAAAAUAGAGGACUUUAGAUUAUUUUAUCAAAUUCUUAAACUUACUACCUUCCACAAAUGAACUAACAAACAACUCCAAUUUAGAUUCAGAAUAUUGUAUUCAUAAUGUGUUUGAAAUUAAUAAUUAGAAGGUGCUUGGUGGAACAGUUCUCAAAGGAAUUAUAAGAGUCAAACAAAUAUUAUAAAUGGGACCAGAUAAACAUGGUCGAUUUUUCCCUAUUGAAGUUGAAGAAAUCUAAUGCAACAGAGUUUAAGUAAAAUCUGCACAAUGUGGAUAAAUAUGUACUAUUAGAUUUAAAUAAGGAAAUUUCACUUAAUAAUUUGGAUCAGAUUAGAAUCCUAUAAGACGUGGAAUGGUUUUAAUCGAAGGUAAAAGCAAUCCUUAAGCUGCAUGGGAUUUUUUAGCUGAAAUUUGGUUAUUUGAUGAUUAAAAAGAAGCCAAAAAAAUAGCAGUGAGCUUUGAACCUGUGAUUAAUACUCAAUGUACUAGAUAAAUUUGUAAAAUAAUUCGAGAAGAAUAAUUAUAGUUUGAAACUCUAACAAUAAGGAAAAAAUAAUCUAAAUCAAUUGAUGAAUCUUGUAUGUAAAAACCUGAACCUGUGUAGCCAAGAACACCUUAUAGAAAAUAAAGUGAACAACUCAAGAAGGCUAGUAGUUCUAAUAGUUUAAACAAAUAAUCCUAUAGAAGUCCAAGAAGGAAAGGAAGUAGUUAAGUUAAAUCUUAUACGAAUGAGGAUGAUCAAAAAAAAACAGAUUUAUUCGUUAUUAAUGAGAAAAACGAGAAGCCUAUGGAGUUUAUUGAAUUAAUUCCGAAGCAACCUAAUAUUAUUAGACUGAAAUUCAAAUAUUUCCCAGAAUAUAUCACAAAAGGAAUGAAGCUAAUUAUAAACGAUAAUGGAUUAUAAGCUUGGGGAUUUAUUAAAUAUAUAAAUUAUUGAUAUCAUUAUACAAUUUUGUAUUUAACCAAUCUAUCAUUGCUUCUA